AUGGCUUUUCUAACUCUGCCCAAGAAUGUUUUUACUAGUACAAAGUCAGAACACUCCACAGAAGAGUUUCAAGAAAACGUGGAGAAAAGUAGCAGCUUAGAGAAAGAAACUGUCGGGGAACAGACUAUCGAACUUGAUACCGGAGACAGAAGAAUUGGAUUGGUGACUGCCGCAUUCUUAAUCACCAACAGAAUUUUAGGUGCUGGUAUUUUUGCUACUCCAAGUACAAUUCUGCUUAUGUCUGGAUCGGUUGGAACUGCGCUCAUGUUAUGGGUUCUUGGAAUGCUUAUCGCCCUCAGUGGGCUAUUUGUAUACGCGGAGUUCGGAUCUUACCCAUCCCGUCUACUGCAGAGAAACGGUGGAGAGAAAAACUACCUAGAGUAUGCCUACUCACGUCCAAAGUACCUGGUUACUUGCAUGUAUGCUCUGUAUAUCUUACUCACCGGUGGGUCUGCAGGUAUCUGUGUUGUGUUUGGUGAGUACAUUUUGAGAGCUGCGCAAGUGGAGCCAACCGAGUGGGCAGCUAGAGGCCUUGGAAUUGCAAGCGUUUGUUUCGCAUUCUUGGUAAACACAUUAAAUGUGAAGGUUGGUAUAUUCGUUUUGAAUGUUUUAGGUACUUUCAAGAUCGUCAUUGUACUUCUUAUCGCAGUAACUGGGUGGGUUGCAUUAGGCGGAGGAAUAAAAAACGAGGAGUUCACACCUACACAUGCCUUCUCCAAUGCUUUCCAAGGAACGUCGCCGACAGCUUAUGGUGUAGUGAUAUCGCUGUACAAUGUUAUCUGGUCGUUCAUGGGGUACUCAAACGUCAACUACAACUUGUCUGAAGUCAAGAACCCUAUCAAGGCAUUGAAAUACUCUGCUCCAAUAGCAGUUGUAUCACUGGGUAUUAUUUACAUUCUUGUAAACAUUGCCUACUUUGCGGUCGUGCCCUUUGAUGUGAUGACGAACUCCGGAAGAAUCUUAGCGGCAGACUUCUUCAGAAUUGCAUUUGGAACGAGAGCAGAAAGGGCAUGCUCCGUAUUCAUUGCUUUAAGUGCACUUGGUAAUGUAAUUGCUGCCACGUUCUCUCAAGGUCGAAUUGUACAGCAGUUUGGAAGGGAGGGUAUUCUACCAUACUCUGCCUUCUGGGCUUCCCAAAAACCAUUCAACUCCCCCUUCACGGGAUUGCUGGAACACUGUAUCAUUAUUAUCAUCACUAUUGUUGCGCCUCCUGCAGGUGAUGCUUACGACUUUGUGCUGAACCUGAUCUCAUACCCAAUGAACAUAAUCAAUUUUUUUGUUGCUGGUGCUUUAUUGUGGUUGCGUUAUGAGGCCCGCAAAGGCCGCAGAGAAUGGAUACCGAAUAUUAAAACACCGGUACCAGUUAUUGUGUUUUUCCUGCUCUCUUCGUUAUACCUGAUCAUUGCUCCGUACAUUCCACCGGCAAAAGGACAGAGUUCAGUGUACAAUCACAUGCCUUACUGGAUUCACUGUGUAGCAGCCUGGGGUAUCUUUGCGCUGGGAGUUCUGUACUGGAUAAUAUGGGGACGAGUCAUUCCUAAGGUUGGAAAGUAUCGCCUUAUUUCACGAGAUGUACACGAUACUGAUGGCUACUGGAGAAACAAAUUCUUCAAGAUUCCGUACUCAUACCAGCAAUCAGAUGAGGAGUUUAUUGCACAAGAGCUCCAGAAGCAGGCGGACAAAGAAACGUUUUCUGAGAAGCCAAUCUAA